UUGUAUUUUCUCAGUUUGCGAGUAUGUUGUUUCAUUAUGGGCUGAAACAAAGGUUUAUAUAUGUUCUUAUCGUUGAGUGACUGGAAAGACCGGGUCUUCUCAUUUUAUACUCCAUUGCGAGUUGGUUUUAUAGUUGAACAGAGAUAAGGCUGACAUAGUCAGACUCGGAACUAUUAUACCGUAUGUUCUUUUGUUACUGCUACGGCUUGGUAUUUGACAAAUCAAAUUGAUGCAAAUGUUGGAAAUUAUGGAGUUUUGUUGUAAGUCGGAAGAACAAAGGCAAAAGGAGCGAAUUAAUGCUGAAAUUGAUAAAAUGCUCAAACAGCAUAAAAAAGAUUCUAGACGAGAAUUGAAACUCCUACUACUUGGCACGGGAGAAAGCGGGAAAAGCACGUUCAUCAAGCAGAUGAGAAUUAUUCAUGGUAAAGGAUACAAUGAGGAUGACAGAAGAGCUUUUAUUAAACUGGUGUUUCAAAACAUUUUGACAUCUAUGCAGAAUAUGGUUCGAGCCAUGGAUACUCUUCAUAUAGAGUACACAAAUCCAGACAAUAUGCAAUAUGCAUAUGAUCUGCUGGAUUUGGAUGUAGAAAGAAUAACAGAGCAAAACCAAUUUAGAGAAUUUGUCCCCGCGAUAGAAUCAUUGUGGGCGGAUCAAGGUAUUCAUGAUUGUUACGACAGACGAAGAGAAUAUCAGUUAUCAGAUUCAACAAAUUACUAUCUUACUGAACUUUCAAGAAUAAAAGAACCAGACUAUCUUCCCACACAACAAGAUAUUUUGAGGGUAAGAGUACCGACUACAGGAAUCUCAGAAUAUCCAUUUGAUUUGGAUUCAAUUAUUUUUAGAAUGGUGGACGUUGGAGGUCAAAGAUCAGAACGAAGGAAGUGGAUUCACUGCUUUGAAAAUGUUACGUCCAUUAUGUUUUUAGUAGCACUAAGUGAAUUUGACCAGGUGUUGGUUGAAUCAGAUAAUGAGAACCGAAUGGAAGAGAGUAAAGCUUUAUUCAAGACUAUCAUCAUGUAUCCAUGGUUCCAACAAUCGUCAGUUAUUUUGUUUUUGAACAAAAAAGAUUUAUUAGAAGAAAAAAUCAUGGUUUCUGAUCUGGCAGAUUAUUUUCCAGAUUUUGAAGGCCCAAGGCAAGAUGCCAUUGCCGCACGGGAGUUCAUCUUGACAAGGUUUGUGGAACUCAAUCCAGACCAGGACAAGAUUGUUUACAGUCACUUCACAUGUGCAACAGAUACAGAAAAUAUUAAAUUUGUGUUCGCAGCAGUUAGGGACACAAUUCUCCAGUCCAAUCUAAGAGAGUACAAUUUAGUAUAAGCCUGGACUAAGCCAUAGCGGCUAUUGGUUUGUCUUUCUGGACUGAGACCACGAUUGAUGACUGACGCGACAGGCGGCGAUGGUGCGGAUAAAACAGGAUGAUGUUCUUCUCACUAUCAUGUUUUUUUCCGUGUCAUUGUGACACAGAUCACGUGAAUGCAACCAUUCCUGAGAUUCUGUUAAGAUAGCAUAAUACUCUUAUUUAUGAUGGAUUCUGCCAUAAUGCCGCCAUGUUUUAUGAUACAAGAAUUUUAUUGACAUUACCUAUUCAACUGUGCAUGAUCGCAGUUAACUGGCAUGCUGUAAAUGUUGUGAAUCCAUGUUGCAUUGGUUUUACGAGAAUGUUAUUAUUUGUGAUAACUCAUCUACCAUUUUAAAAUCCAAGAACUACAACUUUAAUUAAACUGCUUUUUUAUUCCACUUAAGAUUUAUUUUAUCAAGCAUUGCUGCAUUUUUAAAGUUGUGGGCUAGGCUAUAUCAAAUAUUUUAACCAUUAUGCAGUAACAUGCACAGAUAUCACAUACUAGACUAGACAAUCAAAGUGAUCAUUGUGGCAUUUCUUGGUAUGAAGAAAGUGCAGCAACGUUCCAUUUGACUGCCGAAAUGUAAUAUCGUCUUCAUGCCCAAUGAGAACAUCCCUUCCUAAAAUUACUAUCAAGACAAGUAUGGAACGUUUUUGCUCUUCUUAUCCAUAUAUUAGAAGGAUGUUGAAUGCCAUUUGUAUAAAAAUUAAUCUAACUAUACCAUGGUUUUUUAAGAACGAAUUUUUAUUUGGCUUUUGUGCUUUUAACUUUAGGUACUGAUUAUUUGUGAUAUCUCUUUUGGGAAUGAGUAGAAUUUAUAGUUGUCCCACAGAAAUCUAUCCCAUUCAGGGCCUUGGAAUGUUCUGAUCUAUUGCGCAACAUGAUCAUUUUUCUGUACAAAACUAAAUAAACAAAUCUCAUUUGAUCAAAUAUGAAAGUUCUAAAGCAAAAAAAAUAUGAUGACAUGGCAUGGUUUGACUCUCCAAACUUCGGCAUUAUUGUUUGAUCAUAAUCUAUGAUAAUACUUGUAACUGAUACUUAGAAACAAUUAUUGUUACUUUUCUAGAUUCAUGAAUAAUAGAAAAUGUUCAUCUCUGUACAAUUUGGAUGGCACUGCAUGUCAGGCAAUCUGGCGAUUAUACUUUAAAAAGAAAAUCAUUAUUUAUGCUCUGAGGAUCUGGAUGUCCUGAUUUUGCGAAUGCUUUAGCAAGCUAGUAGAUACUGUAAAUGUUACCUGAAAUCCUUUUAAACACAUUAAAAAUAUAUUUUUACUUAAAAAUUAUGUAUUCAAAGUUAAUUUUCUCAAGUAAGCUUUAUGUACGAAUGAUUGUCUUGUAUAAAAAGUAAAAACUGAGAAUUGGAUCGACUUCAAUAAUAUAUAAUGAAGAGUCAGAGGUACUUCAACAAUGCAGCAUUAUCUUUCAAUUUAUUUUUCUUGCCCAAUUGGUCUGGUUGAAGCAAUCGGAUAUCUUAGCAACAGUUUGACAGAGGCUCAUUUCAUAAAUUAUUAGGUUAUAUAUGUUACUACGCGAGAUGAUUUUUGCGCUCUUUGUACUUUUUUGUGCCCAGCUGUAUCUCUGCUGCUUUAUUUAUAAACGGAAACAUUUUCUGCUGAUAAUAUGAUCACAUGCGAAGCACACCCUUGUCUAGUUUUAUUUUUUUUGCUGAAACUAAGAUUUUAUGAAGUUGAAGAUUUGUUGGAAUACGGUACCCAGUCCUUGGUCAACAUAAUUCACUCCUACUUGUAUUUCAUUGGUUGAACCUGGAAUGCGUGUGAUGAUAUCAAGUAACAUGUAUUUAGAUCCCCAAUUUCCAAAUGGAAUGUAAAAAUUUCAUAUUUUCUGAUUGUGAGAAGUGUUUUUAUCAUAAAUUUUUAGUGUGAUAUGGGAUGGGAUAAUUUUUGCCCUUAAACUUUUUGAUAUCUUGCGGCCUUUCAUCUUAAUUAAGUAUUGUGCGAGUUCAUGUUUAAUUGUGUUUCUUUUUGUCUCAUUUUAUGAAAAUGUGGUGGCCUACUAUACUCUUACCACCAUUUGGUAAUUAUUUGAUGUUUUAAGUAAUAUGCGUUGUUACUACCUUGAUGUUAAUUUUUGCUCAGACCUUUUAUUAUUUAUCCUGGUCUUUCACAUCAAGAUUUUUACGCCCAUUCUGUUCUUCAUGCUCUUAGAAUAUAAGAUGGUUUAUUUCAAAAACAAUAUAAUUCUUUGAUUUUAUUCGGUACCUGAUUUGUUUUGUUGUCAUCAUCAUUCAAUUUUAUCCAAUUUCCAAAUCACAACCUCCUAUGUUUUUGAUCAUGGAUAUGUUUGAACACAAAAUACAUAAUGAGCAUUGUGUGUACAUGGAAUUAUUUCGCUAGCUGGCAAGUUUCGCUUAUCUUCAAAUUUACAGAAUAUUUUACCCUUUUGAUGAAAGGUCAUUGAAAUGUUUUGUUUGAUAUUUCAUGAUCUUCAUUAGCAACCCAUAAACAUAGGCAAUUUUCACUUUUCUGAAUUUCUUAGCUGAGACAAUUUGCUUGCCUGGGAUAUAAUGAAGAUGCAAUGCACUUUGGUGAUUGGGCUUCAUAUCCUGAUGAAUUUUAUUAAUUUGACAAUUCGGACCUUGCUGAUUCAUAACGUUUCUCAUCUUUCAUAAUUUCUAAUUACUAUUGAUCCAUACAUUCUCAAUAAUAUUGCUAAUAUUAAUUCUUACCGUUUUAAAAAUUGUUCUUAUUAUUGUUAUUCUUAUUCUUUUUAUCGAUAUUAUUCUAUUUACUAAUGUUGAAUUUAGAAUGAUUUGAUCAGGCCAGCCAACAGGAAAUUUGAUGCCUGUAUCUUAUUAUAUCACACAUGGGGUGGUAAUAAGUUAGGUCUCACUACAUUACUAGUCAUCGCCCCAUGCUUGGUUUAGCAUGAUCAAUCAUCAAAUUUCCUACAAGGCAUAUCGUCGUCACGUCAGUGGCGUUAUGUGACCUGGCAUGAGAAGAUACAAUGUAAUAAUAAAACGAGUCAAGAUAAUUUCA